GAGAAGAUGUCACCCAACUGCUUCCCUUGGCUUCUCCUGCUCCAACUCUUGCUGCAUUCCACUAUGAUCGCCGCUGCCAAAGUUCCGGCGAUCAUCAUCUUCGGGGACUCCUCGGUCGACGCCGGGAACAACAACUUCAUACCGACCGUCGCCAGGAGCAACUUCGAGCCCUACGGCCGUGACUUCAACGGCGGUCAGGCCACGGGUCGAUUCUGCAACGGGCGGCUCGCUACCGACUUCAUCUCGGAAGCUUUUGGGCUCCCCUCGACCGUGCCGGCCUUCCUCGACCCCAAGUACAGCAUCAAGGACUUCGCCUCCGGUGUCUGCUUCGCCUCCGCCGGCAGCGGCUAUGACAAUGCCACCGCUGACGUUUUCUCUGUCAUACCUCUAUGGAGGGAAUUGGAGAACUUCAAAGAAUACCAGAAGCAGUUAAAGGAUUACCAAGGGGAGGCAAAGGCCCAAGAGACAAUAAGUGAGGCUCUGUAUAUUAUGAGCUUGGGGACCAAUGACUUCCUUGAGAACUACUACACCGUGCCCCGUGGCCGGCGGACGCAAUAUACCGUCGACGAAUACCAGGACUUUUUAGUUGGCAUUGCCGAAGGUUUCAUAAGGGAUCUUUAUAAAUUAGGUGCUCGCAAAUUAGACCUUACUGGCAUUCCUCCAAUGGGGUGUUUACCGUUGGAACGAGCCACCAAUCCGGCGUCUAGGGACGCUUGCAAUGAAAUGUACAACAGAGUGGCCUGGAAUUUUAACAGCAAGCUGAAGCGCUUGAUCAGCAAGCUUAACCGAGAAUUGUCUGGUAUGACGAUUAUAUACGGCGAUAUCUACUAUCUUUUUCUCGAUGUAAUCAAGAAGCCAUUGACAUUCGGAUUUGAGGACGCAAACUCUGGUUGUUGCGCAACAGGAAUAUUUGAGAUGGGUUACUUGUGCAAUAGAAGGAGUCUAUUCACAUGCCAAGACGCCAACAAGUAUGUCUUCUGGGAUGCCUUCCACCCGACCGAGAGGAUGAACCUGGUUAUUGCGGCUGAAAUCAUGAAAACUACUCUACAAGUAUUUAAAUAAAUUCAGUACUGCUUGGUUAUAGUGUGAUGUAUGUUAACAUGUAAAUCUUAACAUUAUCAUCUGGAGCUAUAUGUAUAACUAUGUAACGACUAUGUAAGUACUUUUAAGUAGUAAAUUUGAGUCUUUUAAGUAGUAGUGA